AGAAAGAAAAAGACUUUUUGCGGCGAAAUUGUUAUCCACUGUUAAAAGACCAUCGAAGCUUUUUUAAGUUUCUCAAAACCCCAAAUCAUUCCCCAGCCAAAGAGAUUUCUCUUUCUCAUCUUCUUUUUAUCUAUCUCUUUAUCUAUUCGGUAUUACCAGAAUUUCAAUUUGAAGAUAGCAGAACCAUUUCUUUUCUUUUUAUUUCCUUUUUGUUGCCAUUUCCUAUCAUUUACAAAAGGGUCUUGCUUUGGAGAGCUCAUGAAUUCAUGCGGACAGCUUUUAUUUUUUAUGUGAAUUAGGUCUUUUCGAUUAAAUGAGUGGGUGCUUAAAGUGGAUAAAAUGGCGCUGGUGACCCAUCAAAUGCAGAGUUCUUGUACAACAUUUCUGGUGAGGCCUUUAUCAUGGAGCAAAGGAUUCAAACUGAAGCAACAUGUGGCAACACUUUACAUGUGUGGAAGAACAGAUAGGCGUUCCCCAAUAAAGCGUAGUCAUCGUAUAAAUGUAGGGGCUUGUUUUCAUGAGCGCAGAAUGAAAUUUUUGAAAAUUUCAGCCUUUAAAGGUAUUGCACAAAGUGAGGAAUCUGGAAACAGAGCAAAUGGAUCCAAAGUUGCUAAGAGUUCCGUUAAAGUUUCUUAUGUACCAAAAGAAAGAGGGGAGAUCAUAAAGGAAUCUUCAAAGGUUCACAGUGUUCCGGUUUCCUAUACCUCUGAUGGAAAUGAGGGAAUUGCAGGAUCGCCUGCUAUUCAUAAAUUAUUCAAGAAAUGGUUGAACAUGUUGCGCACUAAUUCACCAAUUCAAGUAGCAGAUGAAAAUUUGGGAGAAGGACCAUCUUCAAGUGAAGAAUUACAACAAAGUCAGAGUACCGCUCAAACCAAGGAAGGAGGCGAGAUUUUGAAGGGAGUUUGGUUUCACUUUCUGGGACUGGAUGCAACAUUAAAGAUACCCUUACUGAUUUUCAUCCCUUUGUACCUUGCAGUCAAUGUGAUUUAUGGGGUUGAUGUGUCGAAGGAGUUGACGCCUUUGUGGAUUUCGGGUCCGCUAAUUGUUGCCUUCCAUAUCAAGAUGCUCCGAGUUUUGUGGGCCCUCUAUGUCUUCAGCUUUAGGCAGACAGUAAAACUAAUCAAGAACUGGCCUACUUACUAUUUGGUGGCUUCUAGCUUCUUUUCUCAGGGGAAGCUUAAACAAGAUGCGCAGGCUCACAUAUUCCAGCCUGUCUUAAACAUUAAGAACCUAGACUACAAAGAGUUAUCAAGGAAAAAGAUGAAGGAAUUUGAAGAGUGGUUCAUGGAUAAGUGCCUUGAUUUUGUGGAAUUUAUAUGGCCCUUUUAUUUUAGGACUAUCAGAUUCUUAAAAAGAGCUAAUUUCAUUUAAAUUUGUGAUGUCAAAGUUGUAGGUGAGGGCAAAGAGUUGAUGAGUUGAUAUUAGUUUCCACAAAAAGAAGUUUGAGGAGGUUUAGAUUUUUGAAACAGAGUUGGGAAACCAAAACCCACCUUGAGAUAUGCGUCUUCUCAUGUCUUCAGCAAGUCAAGGAUCACGACAAAAGAAUACUUUUCAUAUUUCUGUAAUUUUGUAGCUCAUUCCUGCGCACGGUUGAUCCCAAUUAUCUCGUUUGUUUUUGUAUUAUUAUGUUCUUCGAGGUUCCAUGAAAGCCAUGGAAGUGUUUCGACUUUAUCGGGUUAUAAAUGGGCAUUUGUAUUGAUUUGGCUUUC